GGUUUUGGCUCUAAUUGAAAUAAAUUGUGAUCAAUUAUUUACUGUUUGUAGUUGCAUACACUUAAGAAAUAUUCAUUUAGAAAAGAAGGAAGCAAAAAGGUGAAAAUAUUUGUGCAGCAUCAUGGACUGCUUAAUCGUGGCUGUUUUGGCGGUAGUUUUCAACAAUGCGUUUGCUGACGAAGGAGGACGCCAGUGGGGAUACAAAGAAACAGAGUUCGGUCCGGCAGACUGGGGUCUAGCGGUGCCUUCAUGCAGUGGUCAGUUCCAGUCCCCCAUUGACAUUGUCACCAGUCUGUCUCAGUCAAACUCUUCUUAUGGUGGCCUGGUGCCGAUCUUUGAUAAUGAGGAUGGAACAGUGAGUGGCGUCUUGUCGAACAAUGGUCACGCCCUUACAGUUACCCUGGAUAAAACCAAAGGCGGGCUAACCCUCACAGCAGGUCCUCUUGGUCAAAACACCUUUCGUCUGGAACAGUUUCGUUUUCAUUUUGGAUGUGAAAGUAAUGUUGGCUCUGAACAUACCGUGGAUGGAAACUCUUUUGCGUCAGAGAUGCACUUGAUGUUUUAUAAUGACAUCUAUGGAAAUUUCAAGGACGCCGUCUCCAAGCCCGAUGGGUUGUUAGUUAUUGGAGUGUUUCUGCAGGUGAACGGAGGUUUCAAUAAAUGGAUGGAGAACAUUGCUCUGGCAUCAACCAAUGUCGUAACUCCCAACGGCGACAGCUACAGUCUUGAUGGCAGUGUACCGCUGACACAGCUUGUUCCAGACCUGAUGUCCAAAAGUGCUCCUUACUACACGUACAAAGGUUCCCUUACCACCCCUCCCUGCUACGAAUCCGUGCAAUGGAUUUUAAUGAAGAACCCAAUACCGGUCACCGAAUCCCAGCUGGAGUUACUGCGAUCGUUAUCCUCGACCAGCGGCGACUCCCUGUGCAACAACUUUAGACCUGUGAAACCGCUGAAUGGUCGCAAGAUUUUCAAAUGGCCUGGAAAGGAAAAGCUCCCUGGCCUACUGAACGUCCCCUUCUUUCACUGACGAUGCGAUUAGUUUCACUAAGACAUGAUAUGGUCUGCAUAAAGAGCAGUGGCUACUAGCCGGAUCACAAUUUGGGCUUAUUGUUUUGGACCUUUGUAACAAAUAUCCACCUCAAUAUAAUGGUAGCUCAUGGAAGGCUAAAACUUUUGUCCCAAAAGUUAAUAAAAAAUGGGUUUUGAUCAUAAA